AUGUGCAUCUCAGUCCUCGCCACCAAUCGCCUCUCCGCUAUCAUAUUCCCAAAUCGACAUCAUCAUAUCUGGAGUCCCCAACGUCUCCGAAUAGCAUACGCGAUUCAAUUUCUACCGGGAAUGAUGGCUGGUAUGGCAACGCUAUUCGAUAAGACUCAACUUUAUAGGAAUUCGAAAAAUGGAGUGAUUCCUAAGUUUAGGAAUGAAGCCCUGGUCACCUACUUCUUCCUGAUCGCUGGCGCAUUCUUGACUGUAGUUUGUAUAUAUCUGAUAUUUGCAUAUUGUUAUCUAUUAUUUGUUUUAGAAAGGAACACCAAAAUGAUAAAAAACUCGGCAUUCCAAAAAUCCAGGAAUCAAAUCAAAAAGAAGGAGAUGAAAUUAUUCAUUAUGAGUAGUAUUACAGUCGCCAUCCAAAUCGCUGCUUUAUGCCUAUUCGUUUCUUAUGCCACUUCGAUUCUUGUCAUUUCACUGGACAAGUUUUAUUUGCUGUAUAAUGCAAUAAGUGAUCUCUACGCUGGAAUCAACCCAUAUCUUUUAUGGAUAUUCUCAGAUUCUCUCCGAAAGUAUAUAUUGAUUCGAAUUGGAUUCAGAAAGAAGAAAAAGGGACCAAGUUCUUCAGUUCUCACUGUAGUUGUACAUUGA